AUGAGCGACUGCGCUUCCCAGGGCUCCGCAAAAUCACUAUUGGCUUUGGAGGCCCCCUCUGGGCCCUCUCUGCCCCAAUUAGCCGCCGAAUUCACCAGGCAAGCUCUGAAGCUGUCACACGAACCGCCAUCGAGCGAUGCUCCCCAUCCGGACCUUGCUGUCGAGGCUCGUUUCGUCACUCCCCAUGAUCCCGUUAUCAUAACUUCUGCUGGACAUCGCCUCCCUAGUGUUCCUGCCAGGGAGGCUCACAAACUCAAUGUUCUCAGGGAAGAAGUUGAACAUGCUCCCCACGCCGCUCAGGAUCGUCACGCCAGUCAUCUCGGCGGUAACGAUGCUCGAUAUCUAGUUGAAGAAAACUCUACUUCAUCGACGAAACCCAAUGGCCAACCCUCUCCAAAGCGUCAUAAUGCGCCCUUACGUCGACAGCUCCCCCCUUCCCACACCAAUCCUCUCUUCCCCCCACUGCCGCUAUACGGUCCUUCCUCGCCACUCAGAGACGUGCAGUAUGCUAUCUUUCGUCUCUCGUCGUUCGUCCUCAGCCUCGCCUUUCUUUCUGUUAUUGUUCUCGGCGCUCUUUUUACCAGCAUUCCUCCCUUUGCUCAGAAGGUGUAUCGACUCCUCACGUUUCGUAACAUUGAAGAAACCCGUCCGUUCUUAGAAGAAGAAACGAAACGAAAGAAAAUAAGAAAGAGCAUGGAGCGCGCAUGGGAACGCGGCGAGUUACGCGAGAAUCCGGAUCGAGACUGUGAGAGAUUGACCGAAGAGUACCGCCCUACCGAGGGCGGCCCGGAUCCAGUGGUGUGCGACCCGGCUUACUAUGCUCGUCGAGUUGGACUGGAUCUGGAGGAGUUUCAGGUGGAAACUGAAGACGGCUUCAUCAUCGACCUGUGGCAUGUCUAUGACCCUAAGGAGUACACGAGGCUAGAAGACGAAGACCGUCAGAACAUGGGCCCGAUGAUAUUUCCCAAAGCAUCGCGGAACAGACCCAGUGACGCCAAAGGAAAGCCCAAGUUCCCCGUCCUGCUGAUACCUGGUUUGCUGCAGAGUGCCGGUGCCUAUCUCUCAAACGACGACGACUCUCUGGCUUUCUACCUCUGCAAAUCUGGUUAUGAUGUAUGGCUGGGGAACAAUCGGGGUGGUUUCAAGCCCAAACACCGUGUCCUGGAGGAAUCCGACCCGAGGAUGUGGUGCUGGAACAUUCGGCAGAUGGGGGUUUUCGACCUUCCCGCAUUAACGUCGCGGGUUCUGUACGAGACGGGCUUCGAAAAGAUUGGCUUGAUAUGCCAUUCGCAAGGCACCACCGAGGCCUUCGUUGCGUUGGCCAAGGAGCAGCGUCCGGAGUUGGGGGAGAGGUUGACCGUCUUCUGUGCUCUUGCCCCCGCUGCCUACGCGGGGCCUCUGAUCGGCAAGAUGUACUUCAAAUUCAUGCGUAUCAUCACGCCGGGCAUGUUCCGGCUCAUGUUCGGCUUGCGGGCCUUCAUCGGCUUCAUGAUGACCAUGCAUUCCCACCUGCCGCCGCGCCUCUACGGCUGGCUGGGGUACAAGGUCUUUUCGUUCCUCUUCGACUGGUCCGACAAGCGCUGGGACCGUGGCCUGCGCGAUCGCCUCUUCCGGUUCGCACCCGUCUACGUCAGCGCCGAGUCGAUGCGAUGGUGGCUGGGCCGGGAGUGUUUCGCCCGGCAUAAGUGCAUCCUCGCGACCAAGGAGGCCGUGCGCGCCGAGGAGAAGGAAGACCAUGUCGGAGGAGGCGACGGCAGGCAUAGCCUCGGCGCGAACGAGGCCAACGACGACGGGCAGGCUAUGGAGCAAUCUGCGAACCAGCAACCCAGGAAGCCCCGCGGGUCGACGGCGUGGUAUAACGACCAGGCUCCCCCCUUUGCGUUGUGGGUCGCUGGCAGCGACGACUUGGUUGACGGGCGCAAGCUGCUGCGCCGGCUCGAACGGGGACGCGAGCCGCACGUUAAUGUUGUGCAUAGCAAGGUCAUCCCGGAAUAUGAGCACCUGGAUGUCAUCUGGGCGAUGGAUGCGCCGGACAAGGUCUUCAGGGAAAUCAAAGAAGUGCUCUGGAAAACUUGUCAUGCGAGGGACAUGUGCCGAGUGCCUAGGGGAUGCGAGGACGUCCAGCCAUGGAGUCCAGACUCGAGGUCGAAGCCGGACGAGGAUCUAGAGGAGGAGUUGAGUAGCAGUGAAAACAGCUAA